AUGUCAGCAUCUCCCGCUUCGUAUCUUCUGCAUGCGCCGCCUCCCAAAAGGUUCAAGAACAAAAAGAUUGACAUCAAACGCCGUCAUGCAGUCAACCUGACUUCUCGAUCUCUCGCAAACAUCACGAUGGUAUCAUCCUUCAACGUCACCUUUACUGCCCUCAUCUUUCUUGGAAUCUCUACACUCCCAGCUCAAGGACUCAUGGUUGCUUCUGUAGGUGCACUUGCUGACUACUCGGGAGCUGCCACUAGUCUUUUCAACAACAUGCGAUCACCAGCGGCACUCAUUGGUGGAUCACUAGUACCCAUCGGUAUCUUGAGUGCCCCAACAAUCCAGAAGGAUGACAGCAAGGCAAUGGUGUUGUUGAAAAAGGCCAAUAUCAUUAUCGCUGUGGCGUCUCUUUUGAGUGAAAUCAUGGCUGUGGUUUACUCGAGUAUUGCCAUCAACAAGAUCGCAGAGAUUGCCCAACCCAAAACUGCUGGUGUCGCCCAACUCAUUGCCGAAAACCAUGAGCUGGCUUGGCUUGGGACAAAUAUUCAUUUCUUGCUUGGUAUGAUGGGAUUUGCUCUGAUUGCAGGAUCCAAGGCUUACUUUAGCGUUGGUGCACCAGGUAUAGGCAAGGUUACGAUCACCUGGGGUAUUGCUGCCUUCUUUCAAGCCCUUGCAAUUGUUAACCGCGGAAUCGCCCAAGGAUCUACGGGAGACGUAUCAUCUGGCUUUGCCAGUAAUUUCUUCAUGUUGAUUGUCAGGUACAUCAAUGUUGCUUUCACUGCAUCCAAGGGUGGAAUCUGUGGAUACGCUGCAGUAGCUAUUGGCACGUAUGCCUUGUAUCAGACGGCGAAAACAAUGAUUGGAGGUCUUUUGAGCAAGGACGGUACCCCAGCACCUUAA